UUCGAAUUUUGUUUACAGAUUCUCCGCGACGUUUAGCCACGCAUUUUUCUAUUUCCACAGUUUAUUUUAACUUUUUUGUGAUAAAUUGCCUAGAUCUUCCUUAAAAUGGCCCGAAACGCCGAAAAAGCCAUGACCACACUGGCCCGAUGGCGAGCGGCAAAGGAAGCUGAAACCGGCAAGAAUGAACGCCGUCCGUAUUUGGCCUCGGAAUGCAAGGAUCUGCCCAAGUGCGAAAAAUGGCGCCUGGAGAUUAUCCGGGAGAUAUCGAAAAAGGUGGCGCAAAUACAAAAUGCCGGUCUGGGUGAGUUUCGAAUCCGGGAUCUGAACGACGAGAUCAACAAGCUGCUGCGGGAGAAGCGCCACUGGGAGAAUCAGAUCUCGGAUCUGGGAGGGCCACACUAUCGGCGGUAUGGUCCGAAGAUGUUCGAUGCCGAAGGCCGGGAAGUUCCGGGCAACCGCGGCUACAAGUACUUCGGGGCGGCCAAAGAUUUGCCGGGGGUUCGGGAGCUGUUCGAACAGGAACCUCCGCCGCCGCCGAAAAAGACCCGGGCGGAACUGAUGAAGGAUAUUGAUGCGGAUUACUACGGAUAUCGGGACGAUGACGACGGGAUUUUGCUUCCGCUGGAGGAGAAAGCGGAAAGGGUGGCCGUGCAGAAAGCGGUGGAGGAAUGGAAGGAAAAUAGGGCGAAGGGAGAGCAGAAGGAAGUGGAGCCGGAGGAGGACAUUUACGGGUCGGAUGCACGGAUAAGUGGCGACAUGGAGGAGAAACAGGGGCAGCAGCAGAAGGACGAUCCGAUGGGGUUGCUGGGACCGAGAUUUACGGCGCACGUUCCUGUGCCCAGUCAGAAGGAUAUCGAGGCGGCGCUGCUGAAGAAGCGGAAACUGGAACUGAUGAAAAAGUACGGAAUCGAGGAUGACGAGGAUAUGUAAGGGUGAGUGCUUGAUUUUAGGAUAGUUUUGUAUUAAAAUGCCAAGGUAAAGUAAGGAGA